UUGCUAUGCCUUUAAAAAGAGCCGCGCUGAAAAUGGUCAACGCAUUGUGUUUGACAGACAGUGGCGUUGUGUAGGAUAUAGUGUCAUUCUUCUAUUAAAGGUUAUUGUUUUGGCAAAUGUUUAAAAUAUUGUGUCGGUGAAGUUAACUCCAUCAAAAGGUGUGUCCACGUUAAUUUUGAGUCGAAGAGCUUGUUGUUUAAAAGGAGUUGCUGUGCUGUUUUGCUUGAAGACAUUCGGAAACCAGCAUGAUCUUCCUAACUCCAACAUCUGAUGAAGAAUCGCUUGAAAUCGACUGGCUUUGGAGUCACAUCAAGUUCAGGGUACAAAACGCAAUACCUUUUUCCAGGAUGCUAACAAACUGCUCCUGAACGAAAAACCUAACUGGGUGCAUCUAAAGGAGUUUGCCCGUAGAAAUGCUGCUAAUGCUCUCUCUGUUGCCAACCUGGUCAUGGGAAUGGCCUCAAUUCUCUGCAGUCUCAACGGGCAUCAUCAUGCUGCAUGCUGGCUGGUCCUGAUCGGUUACCUACUGGAUUUGGCAGAUGGAGCUGUUGCUAGGCAACUUAACGCCUGUUCUGCACUGGGUGCAAAUUUGGAUGAUUUCGCUGAUUUUACAACAUUUGGUAUUGCGACAUCAUUACUUUUAAGGACACCCAAUCUGCUGGAUAAUAUUCUGUGCAUGUUUUACGCACUGUCGGUCUUUGUUCGUCUCUGCUUCUUUUCUAGUGGAAUUCCCUUCAUGUACCGUGGCCUACCAUGCAUCUACUCAUCUGCCAUUCUAGCUUGUGUUUCUCUACUAACUGGAGGAAAUAUGGUGGUGCUGAGAAUCAUAGCGGUGGCUAUGAUUCCUUUCAUGGUGAGCCAGACGUUUUACCCACAUGACCGAGUACUUGAGUCUCAGGCCUGGAAGAAGGUGGUCUACAUUGGAGGAAUUGCCAUGGUGUUUUGCUUCUCAUUCCCUCCAGCAUGUGUUUACUACUUGUUAUGGUCCGUUUCCUACAUACUGUUUCCAACAGCCCUGUGGAGCUCCAAAGUGUAACAUGGCCAGAGAAGCCGCUUCCUAAAGCCUCCUUACAGCUGAGGAAGGACUGUGCUGCUUUUUUUGGAACCCACAGUGCUUCGUGCAAAGGAAAAUCAAACCGACUGAGAAACAUAUUUUUAUUUCAAUCAUUUUAGCUGUGGGGUUGUAUACCUCAUGCCCUGACAAACUUUUAGUGAGAGUUAUGGACGCCUUCAUUAGCUGCUGUUGUUUUUUCAAUAAGGAAAAUAAAUGGGAAAUGACUUCCGCCGUACACAUAUUGACAUCUGUUUGAAUAAUCAGAAUGUUAUUUUUCUCUCAUGAAACGGAGGUUGCAGGGUGCUAUGUAUGUUGUCUGUACUAAAUCAAAACCGAGGCGGCAUGAAGCAGGACACAUAUUCAAGAUUCAACAUUUGCUGUGGAAUUUAUAUUUGUAGAACUGCUGCUUUUUGGUUGUUGUUCAAGUAGAUCAGAACAAGUUUUAGGUUUUUUCAUUGUGUAUAUUUAAGAUUUUUAUUUUGUGUACUGGAUUACUGAUAAAAAGGAAAGGAAUAACAUUUAGGUAGAGAAUGAUCAGUGUGAGAGUAUCCACAAGUCAAAGCUAAAAUAUAACCAAACCAUCUGCUUUCUUCUAAUCACGUUGCAUUUAAAUGAACUGUGAUAAUUAGAAUUUUCAAAAAUAAUACGAAAGAUUUACUGAAAAUGGAUUUGUAUCCUUCUGACUUGCAUGUGAAACACUACAUGUGUGAAUCAUACAUAUGAUUAAGGCAGCGGUUAACAUCAUUUUUGUUUUUUUGGUGCCUGGUUAAUGUGUGCUUGAAAAUACUGUAUGUCCUGUAUUGUAUUUAGUAGGCAAUCAUGAAUCAAUGUCAAGAACUUGGCAGUUUGUGUAAUUUGACAAACAAAUUUAGCAUCCCAAAGUAUUCUUCUGGGUUAUUUUUGGCCUCUUUUGAUAGAUCUAACUGUGACUAGGCCAAAAAAUUUAGAUCCCACAGAUCCAAGAUUUAGAUCCAGUUCAUUAGUUUGUACACUAUGCAUGGUGUAUGAUGUCUCUUCACCAGGACAAUUACUUUGUUACUCAAAGGUAGUCAACUCUAUUGUGAAUUAAACAUAACACAGAGACAGAGAUGGAGGGGGACAACGUUAGACAGGAGAAUCAACUGAAAAUGAUUUGUUGAGAAAUUUUAGUUGCCUUUUGAUUCAACCCUUUACGGUUUACAUGUUCACUGGGAAUAUGGAGCCUAGCAAUUUAAAAUUAAGGCAUUGUUUUGUUUUCAUGUGCACCAUAUGUGGUUAAUUUUUAUUAAAAUGUAGUGGUAUUCAG